AAAUCUGUUGUGGCUUCGACUGUCGGAACUGUCUUCCCAUUUGAUUAGUCGUUCGCAGUCCAUUUUCUUUGUCAUAAAUGACACCGCGGAGGUGAUUUAUGGGCCUAUUGGGAACCGUUCGCCGCAAUAAGAAAGUUGAAUUCCGAACAAGAUAAGCACCGAAAUAUGAAAUCGAAUUAUUACUUGCUGCUGGCGGUGUUUUAUUGGUGCUGUGUGAUUGGCGGGGAUGGGGCGAACAACGAGGAGGAAGAUGAUCCCCUGGUGACGACCCUUUCGCCGGCUGAGGAGUACAAAAACUAUCCGUACUGCUUCCGGUUUACGUGGCUCGGUCCCAAGUACAACAAGGACAGUCAAUACAAGAACAUAACCUGCGAUAGUUUGCUGAAGAAGGCCACUGGGAUUCCGUGCUUCCAUCCGUUGGUGGUCACGAAUAAUAGCAACGUGCCCGAUACCGAGUAUAUGUGGAACGAGUACAAGGACAAACCGGCGCAAAUUGCGUGUCGGCUGGUUCGUGGAGAGGUUUGCGCUAGGUUUACCUAUCGGUACAACGGUGCAAUCGAAAACAUCACGUACAUGUGCGCCAAAAUGAACGUGGACAACGAAUCGUCAACGUCGUCCGCGUGCUACACGGAGGAUCGCAGCGGUCGCGAAAUUGAGGUUUGUGUGUGUGAAUCCGCCGCUGGAAGGACACCCUGCAACCGGAGCAGCACCAUCCUGGCUCAUCUUGGGCACCCGGCCGUGCUGAGUGCAUUGGCCCUGGUUCAACUGUUAGCCCUCCGGACCUUGUUUUACUAUCAUCAGUGAAUAAAGUAAUUUUUGAUUUUCCUUGGGCAAAAAA